UGAACGCACUCCUAGUUGUUGACCCUUCCGUUUUUGUAUUGAUUCCAAACUCAAAAAACAAACAAACAGAGAAGAAAGUCCCCACCCCACCGAUCAAAAUCAUUUCGAAUCACACACUCCGGCCGCGAGCCCUCAGCCGGCCUUUACAGAUCACCACUUCAAAUCAAAUCCUCCCCCCCCCCCCCCCCCCCACCCCACAAUUCCCUUUUACCCCACCUUCCUCCCCUGUUUCAAACCCCCUCUAAAAAACCAACAUACCCUUCACACACCCUAUAUACACCUACUACUCCUAUACGUAUUGGAGAGAGAGAGAGAGAGAGAGAGAGAGAGAGAGAGAGAGAGAGAGAGAGAGAGAGAGAGAGAGAGAGAUGUAUAAUAAUUCUCGUGGGCGAGUGGCGGAGGAAGACGGAAAUCAAGAGGAGGCAGAGCUUAGCGAGAAGCAGAAGAAAGAGAUCGCCAAAUGGUUCCUCCUCAACGCCCCUGCCGGCGAAAUACAAUACGUAGCCAAAGAUAUUAGAUCGGUUUUGGAUGACGACAAUGUGUACAACGCGGCGGCCUCGGAGGCAUUUCCUUUGCACAACAAGUCUCACUUGAUAUCUCUCAAACUGCCCGGCAAGAGUGAAGAUGUUCUAAUUACGUCCUUUGGUGAGAUAGAUGAGAACGAAUAUAUUGAGCCUAGGACUGCCCAAGUCGCUAGAGUUGACCAUGUCAAGCAAGUUUGUACAGAAGUGAGACCAGCGACUGAUGAAGAACUGCCAUCCCCCUAUGUUGAGGAUUAUCGAUGUGCGCUAGAUGCUGAAAUUAUGAAAUAUGUUGGUGAAGCUUAUCCAAAAGGUGUAUGUUCAGUUUACUGUGCCAGAGGAAAAGAUGUGGAAGAACCAGGAUCUGAUUUUGAGCUUGUUGUUGUAAUUUCAGCUGCUCGACAUAGCCCGCAGAAUUUCUGCAAUGGAAGCUGGCGCUCCAUAUGGAAUGUGGAGUUUAAAGAUGACGUACAGAUAGUGGAAGUGAGAGGCAGAAUGCAGGUAGGUGCCCACUACUUUGAAGAGGGAAAUGUCCAGUUAGAUGCGAAACAUGAAUUCCAGGAUUCAACGUUGUUCCAGUCUCCUGAUGACUUAGCCGUUUCUUUGACCAACAUUAUUCGCCAUCACGAGACAGAGUACCUUGCUUCUCUUCAGGCAUCCUACUCAAAUUUGCCAGAUACCACAUUCAAGGAUCUUCGAAGGAAGCUUCCGGUUACCCGAACUCUGUUCCCAUGGCACAACACCUUGCAAUUUAGCCUUACAAGAGAUAUCAGUAAAGAACUGGGAAUUGGAAAGUGAAAUACGAUGAUAGACGACAUAUAUUUCCUCGUUUUCUUGGAACUGAUGCCUUACAAUGGCCAUCUGAUUCAUUUUUUCUUUCCCAUUUUCUCUUUGGGAAGUUUGGAAUCGGGUGUUCUUUGAGGUGUUCAUGGUAUCGGUGUUUCAGUGCCAUUAUUGGUGCAUUCAGUUGUAUUCUUGAUGGUUCUUGUUCUGAAAGCUGUAGAGAACUGUCGUGGUGGAGUAUUAGUUUUGAUUGGUUGAUAUUGCUCAUCUCUUUGUAUAUCUGUGAGAUGUCAGUUGAUAUUAUUUCUGGCAAGUUUUCCUCU